AUGUCCGUCAUCGCUUUCCUUGUCGGCCUGCUCGCCACCAUCACCGCUGCCAACGAUGACCUACAAUCGAGAAGCUUCGUAACGCGGGACGAUACGGAGUUUGUCAUCAGCAGGAUUUCUUCUGGAAGGGAUACGAGUCAGGUUGCAUUGAGUGAUCUGAAGAUCACGGAGAAUGUGGUCAACCUGACUAUUGUGUCGGAUGGGGUGAACUCGCUCAGCUCGAAGUUUGUGCAGGCCAUGCGACGCUCUGGAACUUCCAGGGCGGGCGGUGUUACGGUGAGUGGCCAUAUCGAGACACUGGUCGGGAGAGGGAGUCGGAGUCGUUGUUGAUGCUGAUGGUAUGCUAGGCUGGUACUACGCCGUUGGAGAAUGUCGAGGGCGGCUCCGUUUUCCUGGCCGAAGUCGUCGUUGGCGGGCAGGAUUUCUCGGUCGUGGUGGACACCGGAAGCAGCGAUCCGUGGCUCAUCGUGAACAAUUACAAGUGCUACGAUGUGCAGGGCAAGCCACGAAAUCAGAAAUAUUGCAAUUUCGGUCCAGCCUACAAUCCUUCUUCGUCAACGACCUACCGACAGAUCACGGACCAGAACUUCAACAUCUCAUAUGCAGACGGCGAGACUCUGGGUGGAGACAUGGGCUAUGAAACCUUUGGCAUGGCAGGGAUCCAAGUGCCAAAUCAACAAUUCGGCCUCGUCGACGUCGCAGCCUGGUACGGCGAUGGCAUCUCUUCAGGUCUCGUCGGUUUCGCCUACCGCACUCUCACAUCCAACUACGCCGGCACCGACAGCACCAAGGACACGAAAGGCUCCACCCUCCUCUACAACCCCUUAUUCGUCAACAUGUACACCAACGAGAGCGUCGACCCCGUCUUCAGCCUCGCCAUCGACCGCGAUCCCAACGUCGGCGGCGUCCUCGCCAUAGGCGGUAUCCCGGACAUCCGCAUCUCACCCAUGUGGAUCACCACCCCUAUCCACGCCAUGCAAGUCAACCAAACCGAUGGCACACCCGUAUAUGAGUACUACACCAUCUACAUCUCCGGCUAUGCGAUUUCCAACAGCACCAGUACGCAGUUCAACCCCUACGAUACCCAAAAUCGACUAAAAGUGCCUCUAGUGGCAAACAACACCAACACCAUUGUGGACUCCGGCACCUCCCUCAUCUACGUUCCCAACAACGUCGCGUCUUCCGUAGCAGAAGCCUUCAACCCUCCGGCCACAUGGGACGGCUCCAACAUGUACUACUACGUCGCUUGCAAUGCCACGGCACCCGUCUUCGGCGUCGGCAUCACGCAGAAGGUCUUCUACGUCAAUCCCGAAGACAUGAUCGUCCAGAUCGGAAGCAAUACGUGUGUCUCGGUGGUGCAGCCGAAUCUGAGUGGGCUCAGUAUUCUGGGGAGUGCAUGGAUGAAGAAUGUGUUGGCUGUGUUUGAUAUUGGAUCCGAGCAGAUGCGGUUUGCUGCGAGGGAGUUUUAUAGCUCGACGGCUUCGGGGUGA